CCCGGGGCUGCCAGCGGAGCAGCCCAGGUGCGUCGUCGCCUUAGGGACAGAGCUGGCAAGUGCCAAGGUGGGACAACCAGAGCCGAGCCGGGAACGGCGUUUGCCCGAGCCGAGGCGGAAGCCGGAGCAUUUGGGGGACGGGACCGCGGGAACCCGGAAACGCCUGGGCUGCCCCGAGCUGGCGGCAGCGACGGCGGCAGGAACGGGUGGCGCUGCGGGCCAGCGGUCGCGGCGGACCGGGCGGGCUCGGCAGCCCGGGGCGCCCGGCGGAGCGGAGCCGCGGCCCCCAGUGCGCGCAGCCGGCCGCGCUGCGCGGAAGAGCGAAACGACAGUGGGCAGACUGGCGGUCAGUCCUUCGUUCAGUGAACGUCCCUUGAGCCCCGGCUCGUUGUCUCGUCCUGCGGGAGGCGCGGAUCCACCAGACCGGGACCUUGCGCUCCAGAAGCCGCAGGGACUUGGAAGAAUGGAAAGGCUGCCCUUGGCAAAUGAAGAUAAAACAAUGUCUGCCAACCUAAAAUACCUUUCCUUGGGAAUUUUAGUCUUUCAGACCACCAGUUUGGUUCUAACGAUGCGUUAUUCUAGGACUUUAAAAGAGGAGGGACCUCGUUAUCUAUCUUCUACAGCAGUGGUUGUUGCUGAACUUUUGAAGAUCAUGGCCUGUAUUUUGUUAGUCUACAAAGACAGCAAAUGUAGUCUGAGAGCACUGAAUCGGGUACUACACGAUGAAAUUGUUAAUAAACCUAUGGAAACACUUAAACUUGCUAUUCCAUCAGGGAUAUAUACUCUUCAGAACAAUUUACUCUAUGUGGCACUGUCAAAUCUAGAUGCAGCUACUUAUCAGGUCACGUAUCAGCUGAAAAUUCUUACAACAGCAUUAUUUUCUGUGUCUAUGCUUGGUAAAAAAUUAGGUGUGUACCAGUGGCUCUCCCUAGUAAUUUUGAUGACUGGAGUUGCUUUUGUACAGUGGCCUUCAGAUUCUCAAGAGCUUGAUUCUAAGGAACUUUCAGCUGGCUCUCAAUUUGUAGGACUCAUGGCAGUUCUUACAGCAUGUUUUUCAAGUGGCUUUGCUGGAGUUUACUUUGAGAAAAUCUUGAAAGAAACAAAACAAUCAGUGUGGAUACGAAACAUUCAGCUUGGUUUCUUUGGGAGUAUAUUUGGAUUAAUGGGUGUAUACAUUUAUGAUGGAGAACUGGUAUCAAAGAAUGGAUUUUUUCAGGGAUAUAACCGACUGACCUGGAUAGUAGUUGUUCUCCAGGCACUUGGAGGCCUUGUAAUAGCUGCUGUUAUUAAGUAUGCGGAUAAUAUUUUAAAAGGAUUUGCAACGUCUUUAUCCAUAAUAUUAUCAACACUGAUAUCUUAUUUUUGGCUACAAGAUUUUGUGCCAACCAGUGUCUUUUUCCUUGGAGCCAUCCUUGUAAUAACAGCUACUUUUUUAUACGGUUACGAUCCCAAACCUGCAGGAAAUCCCACUAAAGCAUAGUCAUAUACUAUCUUUAACUGGUUUUUCACGAUGGUGCACUAGGAAUCUCGACAUUAAUCUUGCACAGAGGACUUCUACAGAUUCUGUGAAGAUAUCAUCAUGCUGAAUCUGACCAUAUUAUUCAAAUGGUUUAAAAUUUAAAAGUUUAAGGCUAAAAUAUGUAUAUAUGUAACAAAACACAUGGCAUCUAGAAAUUAAAACUUGAAAGUAUUUCCAGGGAUUAGACUUAGAAGAAAUAUUAGAGUAAAUUUGAAAUCUGAGUUUAAAAAGAUUUUAACUUUUUGAUUGCUACAGAAAUGUCCUAUGCAUUCUUUGCAAGAGCACACAACAAAUGUCAGAUAUCAAUUUUUGCAAAUAGAUCUAUUUAAUCUUAUCAAAUGUUUUAUCUUACUCUUUCUGUAUAGAUAUGUCAAAUCACAUGGAAUAUUCAAAGUUUGAAAUAAUAAUUACCUACAAAUCUGUGAAAAAAUAGAAGUAUGAUUUGAAAAAACAUUUUCACAUAUCUGAGAUUUUUAUAUUUAUACAAAAGUUUACUGAAUAAAGGAUUGCUAAAUGUUUUUUGUUCUAUUACAUAAAAAUCGAUAAAGUAAUAUUCUGGGUCUGAUUUAUCAAAGAACAAAAUUCAUAUUUAAAUUUAAUGUAGAGAUAUACACAUCUAUUUCUCCAUAUACAUUUUAAGAUCUUUUAGUGUCUCAAGACUGCUGAAAGCAAUCCAGUUGCUCCUGUGCUAGAUAGUAGCCAGUGACUUUUACAUUAAUGGAGUUUUGCCCUUAAUCUCAUAAUUGCAUUUCUUUUCUAUAAAUCAGAUAAAUCCUUAAUAUUACUUUAAAUUAAAUCUGUGUAUGUGUUAAUUGCCAUUAAACUUUUAAAAGUAAUUUAAAAGGAUUAAAUAGGCAUUUAAUAAUUUAAAAUAAAUUAUUGUCUAAUAUCUCCAUUUGGAGAAUUUUGAACUAUCAAGCAUAUAUUGUAUACAACUAGAAAGUUUUUAAAUGAAUAUUUUACUCAUUGA